GCACAGGCCUUUGCGGAGCCUCAGCCUCCGGCGAGCCCGACGAGCCCGGUGCUGGGAGACUCGGCGUCCGGCACGUCCAUCCUGGCCUGGUCAUCUUGGCGCCAGCGGGAGAGUUGGGCGCCCAGGGGGCCGAAGAACUCUGACGCCUCGAAUGCCACCGCAGAGGGCCGCCUAGCAACCGCAGCAAUCUACGCGGGAGCCGCGAUGAAUGCCAACACACUGGGCUGGGGCGCGACUGCACGAGCUGCGGAAGCCGCGGCGCGGCAGAAUUAUACCACGGAAUCGAAGAAGUGCUCUGGUGAUCCGGAUCGCUCAUCGCUUGAUGUGGCCCUGAUCGCUCCUCUGGCCGAUGACAUCACGCCUGCCCAGGUGAACGAGCGCUCGGCGAGUGGAGCUCUCGUCCUGGAGCCGGGGAGCCAGGCACCGCAGCUGCAGUGCGCGGAUCCAUCCACGUGCGCUUCUCCCACAAAUUCCACUUACCUGGCCGCCGACGAAGGCCAACUGCGCAGCUUCUUUCUCGGUGGCUCCUAUUUGGACGGAAAGGACUUUGCGGCUUGUUGUCCUCAAUUCAGUUUGGUAGACGAUGGCGCUGGCUACCGCGGGGAUGGCCUUCCCAUCUUCCGCCAUAGCUUCACCGGCGCAUUGCUGCUGGGGCACGCUGUUUUCCUUUGUCCGUCUGCUUCACAGGGGGAGGAUCUCCAGCUGCUGUUUCGACGUGGGCCUCUGUCCACCGUUCGCCGGUUUGGUCAAGGUCUCUUGGGCUGUGCGGAGCUUCUCUACGAAUUCAUCUCUGGAUCGGAUGGCAUGAGUCCAAGGGAUGCAGGCGUCCAUGGUGGCUUCUUUGCCCUACGACACGGGCCGCGGAGCACUGGGAGCAUUGGUGAGACAGGAGGAAGCCAGUCUGACAGCAAGUGCUAUGUGCCCAUCGUCGUCGAUGCGCAGAGCUGCAGUGCAUGCACUCGAGAAUGCUUGGCAGGUAGAGACUUCGAUGGCGACUUUCUGGAUGCUGAUUUCGUUUCGCUGACCGAUGUGGAGGAGGGAGCAGGCUUCGUAUUCCAAGCGAUCGAAUGCAGACUGGAAAGAGAGCUUCACAACAGUGACGGCGAGGGACGGGCAGUGCGAUGCUUGGGACACUUCUUGUCGUCCAUCGGUAGAACGGAGGAAGCUGCGAAGCUGUGGCAACAGGCCAUCCACAGCGACGAGGCUUGCGAGUCUUCGGCUGCUGUGCAGAUUGCACACUCCGCAUCGGCGCUGGCUUCCUGCCUCGACGACCUGGGCCGUGCGGAGGAGGCCGAGCCUCUUCACAGCAGGGCCCUGGCCUCCUUUGAGAGGGCCCUGGGCCGGUCCUGUCCAGAGGCCGCGUCGGCCCGGCUGGCCUUGAUGACCUGCCGCUACGUGCAAGGGCUGGCAAAAAAGCACGGCAUUCCGCCUUCAGCCGGAGAUGCGCUGCUUCGCAUGGAGGGGGCUUCAGCACAUGCGCUUGCGACGAUCUUCAGCAAGGCUGUGAGUGCGGAGAAGGAGGAGGACCCGCAUCUCAGCGAGCCCUUUUACCGACAGGCCUUGGGCGUGUUGCGAAGAACGCUUGGGCAUCAUCAUCCUGACACCUUGCACUGCCUGAACAACCUCGCUUUGUGCCUUGGGGACUCAAGCUAUGACCAGGGCAAGCUAAAGGAAGCAGAGCAGCUGUUGCGCCGGACCCUGGCGGGCAUGGAGGUGGUGCUCCCACCCUCGCACCCUCGACCCAUCCAGGCGCUGAGCAACUUGGCCGGUUGCCUGGCGGAGCAGGGCAAUAUGGCCGAGGCGGAGCAGCACCACCGGAGGGCUUUCCAAGCCUGCAAGCGCAAGCUAGGCUGGAAGCAUCCCGAAACUGCCGCCGCGGCGCAAAGUCUUGUGCAGUUUCUGGUGCUUCACGGCCACGCCACGGAGGCGGCACUUCUCGAGUUGCAGGCGCAGCAGUUCGGGACAAGGUUGACGGCGCUGACAAGGUGA